UUAUCAAUGUAAGCUUUCCUGUAUUUUUCAAAGAAGGAAAGGAGUAGGAGAAAAAUCAUUCCAAAGCCUGAAGUCUGAGAGAUUCAGUACCCUGAAAGAAGCAGUGACCGGAGAAGAUGAUCGUGUGUGUCGCGGUCGUCGGUCAUCAGAACAAUCCACUGUACAUACAGAGUUUUACUGAAGCAGAUGAUGCACUCAAGCUCCACCACAUAGUUCACUGCUCCCUUGACGUUGUUGAUGAGCGAGUGAAUAAUCCAAAGAAAUCUGGGCUGACAUUGAAUGAGACAUUUCUUGGAUUGCUUUAUCCAACCGAGAAUUAUAAAGUGUAUGGUUAUUUGACCAACACGAAGGUGAAAUUCAUCUUGGUCACAACUGAUUUAGAUGUCAGAGAUGCAGACGUCAGAAAUUUUUUUCGGAGAUUCCAUGCUGCAUAUGUGGAUGCAGUUUCAAACCCUUUUCACGUCCCGGGUAAAAAGAUCACGUCCAGAACUUUUGCAGAGAGAGUAAGCAACAUCGUCAAGUCAUUUGGUUUGAGCUCAGCAGGCUAAAUUUAGCCACUUCCACUUCUAAACCUGCUGGAUUCCUUCAUGCAACCAUUGGAUAUUGCCAUUUUCUUUUCAAUACCCUUUUCAUGCUCUCUGCUUCGGCUAGUAAGUGAACAAAUAUAUUGUACUAAAUUGGAAUCUGAGUUGCAGCUAAGAAAAAACAAGUGAUUUUACCUCUUAGUUAGAGAUGGUUCAUUUUUAUUUUUGUGCGUAUUAUUCUUGAAAAAACUUGACAAAAAUCACAAAUGUAUCUUCAUGUGUUAUCUUUUCGUUCUAUAUUUUGAUGUAUGCUAUAUUUACUAUGACAUUAUUUGCAAUUAUGUUAAACGAUUAGUUGACUGGCUCCCA